AUGCCAAGAAAGAACUCGACAGUCUGCAGAGUGGCGCACGCGCUGCCGCUGCACGCAUGCGCCUCGUGCGGCGUGCGGGACCCGUCGCUGACGUACACGCGGGUUGACGUGUCGGCGCUGCCGCGCACUGUGUCUGUGCGCGUAGCCGGCGGCGAAGACGAGACGCGGCACGUGUUUGAGCUCUCGCCCGAGCAGUGCGCUAAGUAUCGAGGUCUUCAAAACAAAAAGGUGCGCCUUGCGUUUCCCAACGGCGCGAGCGUAAGAAGCGUGGUGAAAUUUAGAAAAGGAGUUGCGGUGUUGAUCGCCGCGGGAGCCCUCUAUUUGUGCGAGCGGCGGCAAAAUUCUUUAUUUCCGCAGCCGAGCGCGAAUUCCUGCUCCGAGCGACCGCUCCGGCCAGCCGCGGGCGCCCAGCCGCCGCCGCUUCUGAUCAUGCCUCGAGUGCGCGACGCGGAUACGGAGGACGAGCCGCCGUCCCAGCGGCGCCGGACCCACACCAAAGGCACCAUCCUGACGGCCGACCCGGGAAAGCUCAACUGCAUCAUCGGCCCGAACGGCACCGGCAAGUCGUCCAUCGUCUGCGCGAUGUGCGUGGGGCUCGGAGGCCCGAUCAAGGCGACCGAGCGCGGGGACGCGAUCGGCGGGUGCGUCCACGACGGCGUCGACGAGAACGGCGUCAAGCCGACCGAAGGCUCCGUCGAGACGGAGCUGUUCGAAGGCUCCGGCGCGGGGAGGAACCUGGUGGUGCGCCUCGACUUCAACACCGACAACAAGGAGAAGUGGUUCAUGGACGGCGAGCCCUCCAGCAAGAAGAAGGUCAAGGAGAAGAUGGCGUCGAUGAACAUCCAGGUCGACAACCCGCUGCAGUUCCUGCCGCAGGACAAGGUGGGCGCCUUCUCCAACAUGUCGCCGGUCGCGCUGCUCAAAGAGACGGAGCGCGCCAUCGGCCCCGACGUGUGCGCGCAGCACGAGGAGCUCGUCGUGGCGGACAAGGAGCUCAAGAGCAUGAAGCAGUCCGCCGCCGGAGAGGAGAAGAGCCUGGUCGAGCUGGAGAAGCAGAACGAGGUGCUGUACGCGGACGUCGAGCGGUGGAACAAGUACCAGGCCAACCUCAAGGAGCUGGAGCGCUGCGAGGGCAAGAAGCUGUGGCUCGCGUACGACGCGGAGCGGGGCGAGUACGACCGGCUCAACGACGAGUGGAAGAGCAAGAAGGCCGACAUGAAGGAGGCCGAGGCGGAGAAGAAGGCGCUGACCGACAAGGUGCUGCCGCUCAAGGAGCGCGUGGCGUCUGCAAAGCGGAGCCUGGCCAGCAGCACCGAGUCAGUCAAGAAGGAAGGGGAGGAGAUGAAGGCAGCGGUGGAAAGGAGCGAGAAGGAGGACGACGCCGCCGAAGAGGCCAAGGCCGGGCUGCACAAGGUGGACAAGGCGCUCAAGAAGCUGACCGACACGGUCGGCGAGCUGGAGCGGCGCAUCGAAGGCGACGAAGAGGAGCUGCGCGUCGAGGAGCAGAAGGUCAGCGUCGCGUACGGCGGCGACGUGGCGGCGGCGAAGAAGGCGGCGGCCGACGAGGUGCGGUCGGCGCGCCAAGAGCUCGAGGCGCGUGAGGACGACCUGGCCAACUACGAGUUGGGCGAGCACGAGGGGCGCGUGCGCUCCAUCGAGGACCAGAUCGCCGGCCUCGGCGACCCGAUGCGGCUGAAGCAGAUCGAGGCCGCAAAGAUGAACAGCGCGGUGCCGCACGUCGGCAAGUGGGUCUACGAGCAGGUGGGCGGCGGCUCGAAAGAGGCGGCCGAGGCCAAGGUGCUCGGGCCGAUGCUGCUCUACCUCGACCUGCCCGACAAGGGGCACCAGAAGCUGGCGGUGCAGGCCUUCCCUGCGCGCACCCUCACCUCUUUCCUCGCGCGCGACGAGGGCACGCGCGACCAGCUGCAGGACGAGCUCAAGCGGCGCGGCCCUCAGACGCGGAUCACCGUCUUCCGCAACCGCGCCAAGACCUUCUCGCCGGCGCCCAACCGCCCCUCCUCCGCCGACAUGAAGCGCUUCGGCGUGACCGCGUGGCUCGACGAGGCGCUCCGGAUCCGCGACGACUUGCGCGGCGAGGUGCUCGCCUUCCUCAAGCAGCAGAUGGGGGUGGACACGUACCUGCUCGCGACGCCCGCGGCGGUCGGCAAGAUCGACGCGCUGCAGCAGUUUCUGCAGCAGAGCGGGAUGACGGGCGUCACCGUCCUGACGCCCGAGCGCGUCUACCGCUUCGGGCGCUCAAAGUACGGCGCGAGGGCGGCCACGUCGUCGUCGAGCCUGCCGCAGCGGCACCGGCACGCCGCUUGCUUCUCGGUGGUGGUCGACACGUCGAGGAAGAAGGAGCUCGAGGGGCAGCUGAAGGAGGCCAAGAAGGGGCUCGAGCUCAAGCGCAAGGAGCGGCAGGCGGUGGAGCGCGACGUGGGCCAGCUGCAGCAGAAGCUCGACGCGGCCAAGGGGCGGCAGGUCGAGCUCAACAACAACACGGUGCGGCUCAACCGUCUUGCGGCGAGGAUCGACCAGGCGAAGAAGCGGCUCGACCCGGCGCGCGAAAGCGCGGCCGACAAGGUUGUCGCGCUCGUGCGGGAGGCCAAGGGCAAGGCGGCGGAGUUCGCAGGCAGGAAGGAGGCGCCGCUGUCGGAGGAGGCGCAGGGGGUGUGGGACGCGCUCCCCGCGGGGGCGGACGAGCUCGAGGACAGGAUCGCGGAGCUCGAGGCGGAGACAUCGUCGACGUCGGCCGACGGCAACUCGAUCAAGGAGUACGAGCGGCGGCGGAAGGAGAUCGAGCAGCUCAAGACGCGCGUCGACGCGGCGCAGCAGGCCAUCGCGGCGCAGGGCGGCAAGGCGUGGCGGCCUGCGCUCGAGGAGAUGGUCGACCGCGUGAACCAAAAGUUUGGCUCGUGCAUGGCCGCGUUCCGGUGCGCUGGCGAGGUGUCGCUCUCGGACGGCCGCUCGCUCGACGAGCACGGCGAGCCGGCGGGCGACGACGACUUUGAAAAGUACAAGAUCCACAUCAAGGUCAAGUGGCGCGACGGCGAGCAGCUGCACGUGCUGGGCGAGGCGGGGCGCGACUCUGGCGGCGAGCGGUCGGUGGCGACGAUGGUCUACCUCAUCUCGCUGCAGGAGAUCAACCCGGCGCCGUUCCGGGUCGUCGACGAGAUCAACCAGGCGAUGGACUCGACCAACGAGCGAAUCAUCUUCAAGUGCGUCACGGAGGCGUGCAAGGACGGCGGCAAGCAGUACUUCCUCCUCACGCCAAAGCUGCUUCCCGACCUCGACUACGGCGAGGACUGCGCGAUCCAGCUCGUGUUCAACGGGCCGCACAACCGCCGCCGCGACCAGUUCGACGCUCGUCCUUCGCCGCCUGUUGCUCUUCACUGGCGGGCCGCAGGCGUCGUGCGCUCGCGCAAGCGCGCCGACCCGCUGCGUGGCGCUGCGUGUGUGAAUGAUUCGAAUUUUUGUUUUCCCUGAUCGAACACAAAAAAAA